CCAAAACCCCUAUAUAAACCCCAGCUUCGCCCCCUGAAUCUCCCACACACACUGAUCACCGACACAAACCCAAAGCUAAGCUUCGAGCUCCCCCAUUGAUCAGUGAGCUAGCUAGUAGCUGGUUGGUUAAAAGGCCUUUUUGUUUUGUUUGAGUUGGAGCAGAGGAGAAGAAUGGCGGCUCUGCUUGUGGUCGUGUUGGUUGCCAUGUCGGCCAUGGUGGCGACGGCCAACUUUAACCAGGAGUUCGACAUCACCUGGGGCGAUGGCCGUGGCAAGAUCCUCGAGGAUGGCCAGCUGCUGACGCUCACGCUGGACAGGACGUCCGGCUCAGGGUUCCAGUCCAAGCACGAGUACCUCUACGGCAAGAUCGACAUGCAGCUCAAGCUCGUCCCCGGCAACUCCGCCGGCACCGUCACCGCCUACUACUUGUCGUCGCAGGGGCCGACGCAUGAUGAGAUCGACUUCGAGUUCCUGGGGAAUGUGACCGGGGAGCCGUACACGCUGCACACCAACGUGUUCACGCAGGGGCAGGGCCAGCGCGAGAUGCAGUUCCGCCUCUGGUACGACCCCACCAAGGACUUCCACACCUACUCCAUCCUCUGGAACCCCAAGCACAUCAUAUUCAUGGUGGACGACAUGCCGAUCAGGGACUUCAGGAACCUGGAGGGGAAGGGGAUCGCGUUCCCGAAGAACCAGCCGAUGAGGCUCUACUCCAGCCUGUGGAACGCCGACGACUGGGCGACGCAGGGUGGACGCGUCAAGACGGACUGGACGCACGCGCCCUUCUCGGCCUCCUACCGCGGCUUCCGCGCCGACGCCUGCGUCGUCGCCGCCGGUGGCCGCACGCGCUGCGGCGCCACCGUCGGCACCGACGCCGCACCCGGCACCGGCGCCGCCGCCGCCGCCGGUGGAUGGUACAACCAGGAGCUCGACCUCACGCGGCAGCAGCGGAUGCGGUGGGUGCAGAGCAAGUACAUGAUCUACAACUACUGCACCGAUCCCAAGCGCUUCCCCCAGGGCGUCCCCGCCGAGUGCUCCAUGUGAUAGUAAGAAUAUCCCAUCGUCGUCGUCGUCGUCGUCGUCGAUCGCCGGCGGAGCAAGAUGGCCGGAGAUGAGGAAGGUGACUGGCUGGCGUCUGUAAAAAUAAAUAAAGAUUGGCACUGGGGGUGGUAAAAAAAAAGUGUAAUGUAGCUGUGGUGGGUAAAAUUCUUUUUUGUUCUCUGUUUCGUAGUAAGCCACUGCACGCCCUGUUCGUGUGUAACUGAUCGUGUCCAUGCAACAAUUCAUGUGUAA